UGUGCUGUGUUCCAGAACAUAAAUGUUACCUAUUUUUGAGUUAAAGGCAUAAUACCAUAGUCGAUCCUACGCACAUUUUAACGAUUUUCUUUUUGGCAGAAAAGGACAGAUAUGAAAACACGCCGGUAGUCAUAGACUCAGAAACAUAACCUCAAAACGUAACUCGAAUCAAAACUUUUACGAAAGUAAAUAGUGAGUUUAUUUAUUUUGUUUGCUUUAAAGUUUUAAGAAUGGCAGAGGAAAAUGGUACAGUCGGUACUGUUGACGAAGUUCUCAAAGUCAAAGAAGAACAAGUUGAAGAAGAAUAUGCGUAUUUAGAUCGAGGAGGUUUCUCUUCAGAAAAGUUUAAAAUUGAACUGCGUGGUUUGCCCAAAUUUUAUGGAAUAGCGGAACUAAAAAAGUUAAUGAACCAGAAACUAGGGUUAAAAACAAGUAAAAUCAAAAGGCCAAGGAAUGGCAGCCAGUGGCUGUAUGCAUGCUUCCAAAAUGAUGAGGAUCGGAAGAGUGCAGUUGAGGCGCUCAAUGGUUAUUCGUGGAAGGGAAAGACUCUAAUAGCUGAAGAAGCAAAACCAGCUCCAGAUCCAUUAGUUAGGAAGAGAAAGCAAGAUGACGAAGUGGGUCAGAAUAAGAAGAAGAAAGAGGAGGACAAUAGAAGUCAAGUGCAGAAGUUGAAGGAUGCCACCACUCCUUACUGGAACAUUGAUUAUGAGGAACAGUUAAAACUGAAAGAAAAGGAAAUAAAGCAGAUACUAAUGAAGUUUGACAAUGAAAGAUGGAAGAUAGACAAGAACAGACGUAAUGACAUUGAAGCAAACAGAAAGAUUCACAAUGGCCUGAGUUUUGAACUGAGGCCAAUCCAGAAGUCUCCGGUAACAAUGGGAUAUAGGAAUAAAUGUGAGUUCACAGUGGGGUAUGAUGAGGAGACCAAGUUGCCCACUGUAGGGUUCAGGUUGGGCAGCUAUGUGACUGGCACUGUGGCUGUCGGACCUAUACAAGAAAUGAUUCAUAUCUCUGAGAAUACUAAGAAGGCUGUUUUGCUGUUUCAAGACUUCGUCCGCAAAUCAAAGAUGGCGCCGUUCUCUCCAGCUGAUUACACAGGCUACUGGAGGUUCCUCACUGUAAGGGACUCCACUUCCACUGGUGACGUCAUGCUUAUUGUUGUAAUGCAUCCUCAGAAUCUUACAGAAGAAGAAAUAGAUCAGGUGAAAAGGGAUUUAAUCGAACAUUUUAAUUCCGAGGAAGCUGUCGCGUGUGGGAUCAAAUCUCUAUAUUUUGAACUUGUUGUCAAAAAACGAGUGGGCGAGGAUGGAGCUAAACCAGUACAUCUAUCAGGGUCCACACAUAUCAUCGACACUAUACUUGGCAAACAGUUCAGGAUAUCGCCCGAAGCAUUUUUCCAGGUGAAUACAGCGGGUGCUGAAGUGUUAUACCAAAGCGCGAUCGAGCUGAGCCAAGUGCAGAAGGAUUCUACGGUUCUCGAUAUAUGCUGCGGUACUGGUACUAUUGGACUAUGCUUUGCUCCGCACUGUGGCAGAGUAUUAGGCUUGGAGAUGAUAACGGAGGCGGUGAAGGAUGCGAGGGCAAAUGCCGAGCUUAAUAGUAUACAGAACUGUGACUUCUUCGCCGGCAAGGCCGAAGAUAUACUGACGUCGGUACUCGCCAGGGCUGAUGGGGACGAUAUUAUUGCUAUUGUGGAUCCACCUAGAGCCGGAUUACACAUGAGAGCAGUGACACAGCUAAGGAACACACGUAAAGUGACUCGCCUGGUCUACAUAUCGUGUAGUCCAUCAUCAGCCGUGAAGAACUUCGUGGACCUCAGCCGGCCAUCCUCCAAGACAUUGAGGGGAGCGCCCUUCGUGCCAGUACGCGCUGUACCCGUCGACAUGUUCCCGCAGACUAAGCAUGUAGAAUUGGCUAUAUUGUUUGAAAGAGAGGAAUCUCCGGCUCCGGUAGAAGAAUCAAAAUCAGAAGACGCCGUACAAGAGGACGCGUCAAGUCAAGAAACAAGUGAAACAGCAGAUGUAGAUAGGCAAGGAAAUGAUGAUAAUAAUGUAGCGUACUAUAUAUCUUUGCAUAGUUGUGGAGCUAAGGGAUCUUCUCAUUGUCUAUCCGACUGUCGGACUAAGCGGUCAGGUCUAGGAUCCAAGCAAUGUGCUAAAAACCACCGUCUCGCAAUGGUGCUAAAGUGCUUAGUAACAAUUUUAUCCCUAUAUGUGUGUUUUCAUUUCUCGUUUACGUUCAAGAGUAAUGAUGGCUAUAUAGCAGAAAGUGAAUCAGUCUUGGAUCCGAAUGGAGAUUUCUUACUUAAAUGGCAGAUCAAUUAUGCAAUCAGGAAAAUUCAGUUCCAACUAGUUAUAUCGGAUAAGGCUCCUACGUUCUACUGGUUUGCUUUGGGCUUCUCUGAUAGAGGAAGCCUGAACAAUUCUGAUGUCUGCGUGUUUUGGACAGAUUAUAAGGGGAAACAUCAUUAUGAGGACAUGCAUGCUGAUGAUGAAGGGAAAUUGUUACGGGAUUCCCAGCAAGACUGUGGCAACUUCCACCCCGACCCUGACUCUUGGAGCUUCCUAUUUGAAAGGUUUUUCGACACCUGUGAUGAUGACGACUAUAUUGUUGAGGACGGUACGGUCCACAUAGUUUGGGCUCACGGGACCGACAAGUUGUUCUCGUCCAAGGGUCUCUGCCUCACUUGCACCCCACCACACGACCAUGGCUUCAUCAGAGUGCGUCUCUUCACUCCAGUGGGGCUGAAACAAGUUACUGAUGCGUACCAACUACGUAUAACUAACAAGGACCUUAAAGUCCCUGGAGCCGAUACCACCUACUGGUGCCAUGUUGUCAAGCUUCCGGAGUUUGUUACGAAGAAGGAUCAUCAUAUUAUACAGUUCGAAUCCACUAUAACCAAAGGCAAUGAAGGUCUAGUGCAUCAUAUGGAAGUAUUCUACUGUGACGCUGACCCUGACAAGGAGAUACCGCUGUAUGAAGGCAACUGUUUCGCUCCGAACCGACCAGAAAUCACUAAGACAUGUUCCAAGGUAAAAGCGGCUUGGGCAAUGGGAGCUCCUCCCUUCGUGUAUCCAAAGGAGGCCGGCCUGCCUCUCGGAGGACCGAAAGCAAACAAAUUCAUUAUGCUCGAAGUGCACUACAAUAAUCCGGAAAUGAGGAAAGACUGGGUUGACAGUUCAGGUAUAAUUCUCCACAUUUCCGGCGAAAAACGAAAAUACGAUGCGGCUAUCAUGGAACUCGGGUUGGAGUAUACGGACAAAAUGGCGAUUCCUGGAAGGCAGAAAGCUUUUCCUUUGACGGGUUAUUGUAUUCCACAGUGUACGGGUGUGGGUCUACCACCAGACGGUAUAGUGGUCUUUGGCAGUCAGUUACACACGCACUUGACAGGCGUAGCGGUUUGGACGAGGCACUCGCGUCAAGGCGUGGAACUACCCUACCUCAACAGGGACGUACACUACUCCACACAUUUCCAAGAGAUUAGGAUUCUACACAGACCUGUAAAUGUUUUCCCCGGAGAUUUCCUAGAAACGACUUGUAUUUACAAUACGGAGGAGAAGGACAACGCUACUAUCGGUGGUCACGCGAUCACAGACGAGAUGUGUGUCAACUAUAUUCACUACUACCCCGCCACACAACUCGAGGUCUGCAAGAGUGCUGUCUCUAACGCUGCUCUAGAAAGCUACUUCAAGUUUGAGAAACGUUGGGACAACAUGUCGAUCUCGUACACAGCGUCCCCCCGCAACAACUACCUCGCCAUCAAGCCUUGGACACACCUCCGAGCUAGCUCUCUGCACGCCCUCUAUACUGACUCUCCGAUAUCCAUGCAAUGCAACAAGUCCGAUGGCAGUCGAUUCCAGGGCGACUGGGAAGGAAUAUGGAUACCAAAGAUCAAGUUGCCCCUGCCAGCUGAACAAAGGAUAUGCCCUGAUAUGACGAUUAAAAAAUAAGUAAAAGUAAUGUAAUUUAAACAUGCGUUAGAUUUAAGGAUUACAUGCAAUAAAAUAUCUGUUUUUGAAAUGCUGAAAGUACCACAAAAUCUACUGUAAAAUCUAGCAACUCUCUGAUUAUUUGGGGUCAACUUAAAAGGUAAUGUAAUCCUCCUCCAGGACCAAGUCUCGACAAUGAUUAUGGGGUGUGGUCGCUGAGUUAGAAACACAAUCAAUAAAUUUUCACCAUAAUUGCAAUAAAAUAAGGUUGAAAAUUGAUUAAAAAAAUUA